AUUGCUAAAGAAGUCAGCGACAGGGCUGCAGAAGGACGUCCCUAUGGAAAUCUCGGCAAUAUUUAUUUCUACCUUGGUGACUUCCAACGAGCAAUAGAGUACCACAAGCAAUCCUUGAGCAUUGCCAAGGAAGUUAGCGACAUGACUGCAGAAGGACGCGCAUAUGGUAAUCUUGGCAAGGCUUAUCACUCCUUCGACGACUUCCAACAAGCAAUAGAGUACCAUAAGCAAGACUUAAGUAUUACCAAAGAAGAAGGCGGCAGGGCUGCGGAAGGACGCGCCUGUUGCAAUCUGGGUCUCUCUUUUUUGAAAUUUGAGUCUUUGAAUGAGGCUUUGACUCAUUUUAGAUCGGGCGUACAUACCUAUGAAACUAUUAGGGCCAGUCUCUUUUCCAAAGAUGCAUGGAAAAUAAGUUUUCGUAAGCUUUGUAUAGAAGCCUACACCUAUUCAUGGCAAGUUCUUAUUAUGCUUCAAAAGACGGAUGAGGGUUUAUAUGCUGCCGAAAAAGGAAGAGCACAAACUUUGCUAGAUGCCUUGAAAACUAAUUAUAGCUUUACAUCACUUUUGCCCAGGACAGAUGAAUCUGAAGAAGACGUCACGUAGAUUUCAAGGAAUAUUUGCGUUUUACCAGUUUUUCUGGCAAUACAAAACGAAACAAUUAAAAUGUGGUUUCUGCGAAAAGAAAGCAGCCCCAUUUUCAGGCAAGCAAAGCUAAAAUUGAAGGUGCGCAGAAAGAUUCCUUUGCUGCAAUUUUAG